CUGCCUGCCGGCGGGAAGGGCCCGGCGGGGCGGCUCCGCUGUCCCCGCAGCGCGCCGGGGGGCGGCGAGGGGCAGGGCCCGGGGGCACCGGGCUGCCGGCGGGCCGUGGCUCCGCGGGGCCCGGGGCCGGCUCCCCAGCCCGGGCAGGCCCCGGCAGCGGCAGGCCCGCUCCCGCCAGGCAGGGCCGCAGGGCUGUCGGCGCCGCAGCGAGCCCUGGCCGGGCUGAGCAGCAGGUACAGAGAGAUAGAAAGAGACGUGCUGGGGAACGUGCGGGGAGCGGGGAGGCUGCCCGGUGCAAACCGCGCUGAGUGAGGCUCCUCCCUUGGCUUGGCGCAGGCGAAGGCGCGGGGCAAGCCGUGUAACGGGGGCUCCACGGGCCCCCGGCCCCUCGCCAUGGCCGUACCUAUCGCCGUUCUGGACUGCGACCUCUUGCUCUACGGCCGCGGACACAGGACUUUGGAUCGCUUCAAGCUGGAGGAUGUCACUGAUGAGUAUUUAGUAUCCACGUAUGGCUUUCCCCGACAGUUCAUUUACUACCUGGUGGAUCUGCUGGGAGCCAGUCUUUCUCGCCCUACACAGCGGUCCAGGGCCAUCAGUCCGGAGACGCAGAUACUUGCUGCCUUGGGUUUCUACACCUCCGGCUCCUUCCAGACUCGCAUGGGGGAUGCUAUUGGCAUUAGUCAAGCCUCCAUGAGCCGCUGCGUUGCCAAUGUAACCGAGGCGCUGGUGGAAAGAGCCUCCCAGUUUAUUCACUUUCCUGAGGAUGAAGCUACCGUCCAGAGCCUGAAGGAUGACUUUUAUGGGCUGGCAGGCAUGCCGGGAGUGCUGGGGGUGGUGGACUGCACCCACGUGGCAAUCAAAGCGCCAAAUGCUGAGGACCUGUCCUACGUGAACCGAAAGGGUCUCCACUCUCUGAACUGCCUGAUGGUGUGUGAUGCCAGAGGAGUCCUCCUGAGUGCAGAAACACACUGGCCAGGCAGCCUGCCCGACUGCACGGUGUUACAGCAGGCGGCCCUCACAAGCCAGUUUGAAACAGAGCUACAUAAAAAUGGCUGGCUGCUUGGUGACAGCUCCUUCUUUCUCCGAACGUGGUUGAUGACCCCGCUGCAUAUCCCUGAGACACCAGCUGAGUAUCGUUACAACAUGGCACAUUCUGCCACUCACAAUGUCAUCGAGCAGACAUUCAGAACCAUUCGGUCACGUUUCCGCUGCCUGGAUGGGUCCAAAGGCACCCUGCAGUAUUCUCCAGAGAAAUCCAGCCACAUCAUUCUGGCCUGCUGUGUGCUUCAUAACAUCUCCCUGGAACACGGGUUGGAUGUGUGGUCUUCACCGGCCACAGGACACAUGGAACAACCAGAAGAAGAGUACGAGCAAAUGGAAUCAAUGGACUCAGAAGCCUGUCGUAUUCGUCAGGAGCUUUUACUUACUCAUUUUAGCUAAUGUUGUGACAGAGAGAAAGCUUCUGACGGUUCAUCUGGGAGGAUAUAUGGAGCAAAUAUGCCCCUUCCUCUUCUUUAAGUUUGUAAAGACUAAGGAGAAAUUUUACCCUCUUCAUUUCAGGCGGUAUUCUGAACUUCUCUCAAUCUCUCCAGAGAUGCAAUUUAAUAGCUAAAUUUUUACUGUCAUGAUGCUUAGAAACUCCCCUUUCUCCUGACUUGGAGAGCAAUGUCUAAUGUGAGAGCAGCGGAGAAACUUGGGAAAUUGAGAAUGAUGUAAAGCCUGUAAAGCCUUGCACUGUUUUACAAAGCAACAAUUCUUUGCCACUUGGUAACCCAAGCCACUUAUGAUUGACUUUUAAACAGUAAUUCACACAAAUUAAACUUCCUUGUGGGCUCAUGCUAUGAAUUCAUGAGCAGCAAAGCAAA